AUGGAGAAACACAUUGACCGGGAAAGAUUGAUACCAGAUCGCUCCUAUGCUUUCCGUAAAAAUUUCAGUACUACGAUGUGCAUUAAUGAACUAAUUAAUGUCGUACAAUAUCACAGAGGUGAAAAACAUAAACUGGUGGCAGCAUGCUUGGAUAUUAGUAAGGCUUAUGAUUUUGUGAACACUAAUAAACUCGAGAGAAAGCUCCGAAAUAUGGGUUUCAAUGAAAAGCUGAUUGCCUGGAUAGUAUCAUACCUGAAUGAUAGAACUCUAAUUCUUGGUCAUGCGGAAAGGAAAAUUGCUGAAGGUUUGGCUCAGGGUAGUGGUCUCAGCCCACUACUAUUCAACCUCUACACGGCAGAUUUACACAAACUUGAGGAUGAAAAUUGCUACAUUUUCCAGUUCGCCGAUGACUUUUUCCUACUGGUUUUUGAUAACACGUGGGAUGACGCCAAAUUAAGGUUGCAGACGAAGAUUGCUGACUUUGUAACGCAAUGCCGCACGCUGAACUUGAAAAUCAACCUUGAGAAGACUAACGUGACCACUUUUGGAAAACGCGGCGCACAGGUGAAUAUCAUCGUAGAGGGCACACAAAUACAAGAGGUCAGGCAGAUUUGCUACUUAGGAAGAGUAAUAUCUUCCAACAACUCGAUAAUGCCCCAUGUUGAUAAGAUAGUGGAGAAGGUUAACAGAACGAGUUUCUUCCUGAACGCUAUAAGUGGUUGCACUUAUGGAAUAGAUCCCAAAAGGGCCCUCAUAUUCUACAAGGCUUUCAUACGCUCUAAAAUUGAAUACGCUGCUUCAUCAUUUGCCAACAUAAGUAAGACAGCAUUGGCCAAACUCCAGAGCACAAACAACGCUCAUUUGAGAAGAGCCCUUGGACUGAUCAGAUCAACCCCCGUUCAUGUUAUAUACCAUCUGGCCGGUGAACUGCCUACCAAAUAUAGACUGCAAUUGGCAACUGUAGGAAUUGGUGAAGGUCAUCCAAUUGGAACUUGUAACAGCAGAAUUGUUCUCCUGGAGAAGACAUUCGACACCAGUUACCAUAAAACGUAUUGUAAGUACAAGGAUGUUCUUUCCAACCUGGAACCCCUACGGGGAAUGCAAAUGGAAUCUUCAAAACUGAAAUUAGUGGGGGAUUUCCAUAACGCUGGCAAACGGGAGAUGAAUACUGAAAUGGUCGGACAGAUUUUUAAGGAGAAAUUCCACAAUCUGAAGAGUAAGGGAAUGGAUAUCAUAUUCACUGAUGGCUCUGUCAAGGGUGACCAUUCUGGUGGCGCUUUCUAUCAACCAAGAUCGGGGACUACAAGACUAUUUAGGUUAACUCAGAAUUUAUCCUCCAUGUCGAUGGAACUCCUCAUGAUUGAGAAGGCUGUGGAAUUUGCGAAUACUCAGAGGAUAGACAAAUUGGUGAUUUUUACGGACAGCAGAAGCGGCAUAUUGGCCUUUAACAGCCUCAAGAAAAAUCAAAUCUGUGAAAGGAUUAGAAAGGCGAUUAUAGAUGCAAAAUCCCUGACGAACAUUGAGAUACACUACAUCCCUUCUCAUCUGGGAAUACCCGGCAAUGAACUUGUAGAUGAAGCGGCGAAGAAGGCAGUUAAUGAGGGACAAAUUCUACAGGUGAAAUGGACUCGGGAAGAAGCAAUUAGAGAAAUUGAAAGUAGAAUUUGGAAAGAAUGGGAGAGGGAGUAUACUGAUUUGAGUCGGUUGAAAGGCCGACAAUACUACAGAAUCUUCCCUGGCAUGAACACCAAACCUUGGUUCUCGGAUAAAUCCCUGAAACUCAACCCGAUACAAAUCAAACAAUUGAACAGGAUAAUUUCGGGUCACUCCUUUAGUCCACAUUCUCUGCAGAUGACGAUUCACAUAUCUUAUUCAACUGUACUCUCUACAACAUCCAGAGGGCGGACUUUCCUCUGCUUGAACGAUACAAUAGCAUCACCCAAUUUUUUGGCGAAAGAGGUAUAG